AGUCGCUACAUCUGGAUGCCAGACGGCGAGGGCAACCCGCACUUGGUAGACCUCCACGAGCCCGUCGAUGAAGAGUUUUUAAAAACCAGAAACGGUGCCGACAACCAGUACUGGCUCUUCACCAGGUCUAACCCUAACAACCGCCAAGUGUUGGUGCACGGGAACGUGAACUCUGUGCGCAACUCAAACUACAGAGCCGCCCGCCCGAUUAAAGUUAUCGUCCACGGCUGGAACAACAACGGGAACACCGCUAUGAACCCUACCAUUACAUCCGCAUUCCUCGCAGUACAAGACGCCAACGUCAUCGUCGUAGAUUGGAACAGAGUGGCCAACAGUAACUACAAUACCGCGGUCCGUGGUGUGCCAAACGUCGGCCAACAUUUGGGCAACUUCUUGGUGUGGCUCAUCAACAAUGCCGGCGGCAACUGGAACAACGUCCAUUUGAUAGGCUUCAGCUUGGGUGCUCAUGUCGUCGGUAACGCCGGCCGCACUGCUGGACGCCGUGCCGCUCGAGUUACCGGAUUGGAUCCUGCGGGUCCGCAAUGGGGUGGAAAUUCAAAUGCACUCAACCGUAACUCGGGAGUUUACGUAGAGUGCAUUCACACGGACGGCCGGCUCCUCGGCAUCAUGGACGCUAUCGGCCAUGCAGACUUCUAUCCCAACGGCGGUAGAAACCCGCAGCCGGGCUGCGGCACCAGCCUCUGUUCGCACGGACGAGCUACGGAUCUCUUCGCUUCCAGUGUCCGAACCAACCACUUUGUCGCCAGACGGUGCCCGAACAUUCACGAGGCUGAACUGUCUACAUGCAACGGUAACACUUUCAACAUGGGCAACGGUAUCGUCGGUAAACGAGGAUCUGGAUUAUUCGGUCUCCGCACCAGGAACUCUUGGCCUUUUUAA